GGACUCCAGCCUAUCCUUUCUGAACGGAGAAGGCAAUGCUCCUGGACGAGAGCGCUGCCUUUGGAGGGAGACUUCUAACACCUUCACGCACGCCAGGGGAGAGACUGGUCGCUGAAAUGAACCAGGGCGCCGGGUCACACACCGUGGAUUAAAAAAAAAAACGGGAACUUUUUUUUCCCCCCACUAUGGCCCUGAACGCUAAAAAGUAGCACGCGACGCCCGCAGCACCGCCGCCAACGGACCGUCUCGUGCGGAGCAGCUCCCCGCCGACUGACGCACGGCCGCUGCUGAAGAACAUGCUCCCGCCGAGCCGCCCCGAACCCACACCGCUGUAACCGCCUUCGCGAGACGUUCUCCGGCUGCAGUUUUUUUGUUGUUGUUGUCCCCCCUCCUCCUCCUCCUCCUCCGCCCCCCUGCUCUCUACCCGUAAAGUCCGCCGCACCGAGUCCCCGAACCCACCCGCCGCGAGGCAGGACCAUGGCAGACAAGCUGACAGGCGCGCAGGGCACCGGAGUGCUGCUGGUGACGGCCAACGUAGGAUCUCUAUUCGAGGAUCCUGAAAACCUACAGAAGACAUGGCUGAGGGAGUUUUAUCAGACCGUACAGUCGCACAAGCCGCACUUCCUGGCGAUGCACUGUCAGGAGGUUGGCGGGAAGAACUACGAGGCGUCCAUGUCACACGUGGACAGUUUUGUCAAAGAGGUGCUGUCCAGUGACGUCAUGAGGGAGUACAGCAGAGCCCGCGUCUACCUUGAUGAGAACUACUUAUCCCAGGAGCACUUCACGGCCCUUGGAAGUUUCUACUUUAUCCACGAGUCCUUGAAAAACAUCCACCAGUUUGAUUUCAAAGCCAAGAAAUUCAAGAAGGUCGUGGGGAAGGAGACCUACUCUGAGACACUAGAGAGCACACCGUCGCUGGAGAAGGAGAAGUUUCCUCAGGACUACUUUCCAGAGUGCAAGUGGUCCAGAAAGGGAUUCAUCAGAACUCGAUGGGCCCUGGCUGACUGUGCCUUUGAUCUGGUGAACAUCCACCUUUUCCACGAUGCAUCCAACCUGGUGGCCUGGGAGAAAAGCCCCUCCGUCUACUCUGGGACCAGGCAGAAGGCGCUGGGCUACGCUUUAGACAGGAUCACGGACCAGCGGCACGAGAAGCUGCCAUAUUUUGUCUUUGGGGACUUUAACUUCAGGCUGGACUCGAAGCAGGUCAUUGAGAGUCUUUGCUCCACUGCCACCAUGCAGACGGUCCGAGCCGCCGACACCAACGAAGUCGACAAGCUAAUAUUCCGAGAAAGUGACAAUGACCGGAAGGUUGUUCUUCAACUUGAAAAGAAGCUUUUUAAUUAUGUCAACCAGGACGUUUUCCGGGAAAACAAUGGGACCUCGCUUUUAGAGUACGACAAAGAGCUGUCGGUGUUCAAAGAUCGGCUGCAUGAACUGGAGAUCUCAUUCCCACCCAGUUAUCCGUACAGUGAAGACAGCAGUCAGGGGAAGCAGUACAUGAACACCAGAUGCCCCGCCUGGUGCGACCGAAUCCUCUUGUCUCCUUCCGCUCGAGACCUGGUCCUAAAGCCUGAAAACGAGGAGAAGUCUAUAGUGUAUGAUCACAUCGGGCCCAACGUCUGCAUGGGGGACCACAAGCCCGUCUUCCUGUCCUUCCGAAUAACAGCGGGGGCAGGUAAACCUAAUGCAAAUAAGCACAAGUGUUGUGUGGUGCAGUGAUGUCGUGGAAAGUGUUGCCAAAGGAGGGAGAAGAUAUUCCGCGAAGCGCCUCUGUGAGAGACAGGACACCAACACACACACACACACACACUUACAGGCACACAAACACACACUUUGCACAAGCUUACACUGAAGAACCGACAGCGAGUUUUUCGGCCGUGCUGACCAGUCACAGUUGUCCUGACGCCUCAUCCGUAAGAAACCGCAGCCGUUUUCUCUCUCCAUAAAACACUUGUUGAGAUGUGGACGAGCACCCGAGGGCCCCGGCUCCAGACAAGACACACAUCGCUGACCUCACUGUUGCCAUGCAACCCCAUUCCCCAGAGAAGAACAAGAAGAAUGAAAGGAGGGACCCUUUUCCACGCCUCAGCCUCAUUGCCAAAACUCUAAUUGAAAUCAGUCCUACUACGUAGUUUUAGACACCGUACUCGCUGUUUUUAGGUGUGCCUCUGUGCAUAGAAGCUACUUCUCACAGUGUGUAAGGUGUUUUAAGAAAAUAAAAGUGCAAUGCAACAAAAAAAGAAAGAAAUCCAGUUGAAUAUAUAUAUAAUGUUAGGUUUAUUUGUACUUCCGUCAGUAUAACAUAGAGUUGUUGAUGGUUUUAGUAGCGUUCUCUUUUUCUGACCAAACUUCCUGGUCUCUUUUGUCAGAACAGACGGAAGUUCUUCUCUUUAUUCCGACAAUUUUCAUACGAAUAAAUAUAAAUCCAUUCUUUAGUUUCGUCGUCGUGUGCACAACACAGCGCCAUGCCUGACACAUCGGUUGAGUCUCGUUUUAUAUACUGUACUUUUUAAAAGAGAUAAUUUAUGAUUCUUACCAAAAUGUUUAUGCUGAAGUAAUGCGCGGACGGAGCGACUGUUUGGGAGCCGCGGCGACCUUUGAAUCAGUCAGCAGGGAGAGAGAGGAGCUGCUCCGUGAUUUAUGGCCUAUCCCAGAAUGUUUUAAGCAGUGCCAUACACCAUGCAAGUAUAUAAGAUAAUGUUUCAUAUAUAUAUAUAUAUAUAUAUAUAUACAUAUAUAUAGCACUCUCACCAUAUGACAUUAUUAUUCUUAAUCUUAACUUAUUUCUAUAAUAUUUUGGAUCCAAAUGUGAUAUUUCUAGAUUGUCUUGGUUAUUCUUAAGAUGUUAACUGUUUUUUUUGUUUUUUUUGUUACUGCAUUAUGGUGCCAAGUAUACUACACAGAGAUGAAGCGUGUAAGAGUUAUGUCUGAUGGUUAAGGUGUCGCUGUAAACAAAAAUAAUAAUAAUAGAGAAACUCUAAAUGUGGGAAAUGAGCAGGAAGACUUUUUGUGUUAUUUGUUUUGUGUAGCCCAGCAGCCUUCAUCGCAAAAUAAGCAUUAAAGAGGCGUUUCUUCUUUUUUUAAAUUAAAUUUGAUUUACUACACUACACAUUUCCGACUGUGUGAAGCCUUCAGAUUGAUCCUGCGCCAUUUAAUCGGUUUGCAUCUUAAAUCACCGCAAGUGAAAAUGAUUUUGUGCCUGCCAGAAUUAAUACCGUCUUGUGUGUUUUGGUUUUUAAGCAAAGUUUUAUUUGACUUUCUCGUGUGUAAAAUGCCUGCUUGUUUUCGUCCCUGCUGGUCAUUGUGGGUUUAAUGUAUAGGAACAUAAGCCUGCAAAAACCCAAGUGUUUUUGUUUCUUUUGUUUUUUUUCUUCACUCCAUUUUAUGAAAAAAGCAGAUAGAGAUUUUAUUCUGUCCCCCUUCCGGGCGGCUGGUCUUCUGCUGUAGGUGAUGCAGUUCUCAAGCAAUAAAAAAAAACCUUUAGAGAUCAA